GACCGUCGUAACUCUCAUUUCCAAAACGCCACCUAUCCAGCUCCCGACCUCGUGUGUUUCUUUCCUUCUCUUGUAAUUUUGUUGUUAGUGUUCGACUGGUCGUCACUCUUCUUCUUCCUCCUCCUCCUCCUCGUCCUCUCUCUCUCUUUCUUUUUCUCUCUCCUCCGUCUCUCUCCUGUCAAGAUGGCCAACGGUCCCGGCCUCUUCUCCGACAUCGGAAAGCGUUCCAAAGAUCUUCUGACGAGGGACUAUCUCUCAGAUCAGAAAUUUUCAGUCUCAUCUUUCAGCGUCAAUGGUGUGGCAUUCACCUCAACUGCUGUUAAGAAAGGAGGACUUUCAAAUGGAGAUGUGGGUGCCUUGUACAAGUACAAGAACACCAUGAUUGAUGUCAAACUCGACACAGAGUCAAAUGUCUCCACAAUAAUCACAAUUGCUGACAUAGUCCCAUCAACAAAAACUAUUGCUUCAUUCAAGAUACCAGAUACCUCUGGUGGCAAGGUGGAGGUUCAAUACUUCCAUAACCAUGCAACAUUUACAUCAGCUAUUGCUUUAAACAAAUCUCCUGUUGUUGAUGUUACGGCUACACUUGGCACCCCAACUAUUUCCUUUGGUGUAGAAGCAGGUUAUGACACCACUUCUGGUAACUUCACGAAGUAUACUGCCGGUGUUAAUCUAUCAAAGCCAGAGUCAUGUGCAUCAAUUAUUCUGGGUGACAAGGGAGAUACAGUGAAGGCAUCAUAUUUACACCAUUUGGAUCAGCUGAAGAAAAGUGCAGCAGUUGCUGAAAUAAGCAGAAGGUUUUCGACCAAUGAGAAUACUUUUACAGUUGGAGGAUUGUACGCAGUUGAUAAUUUGACAGUUGUUAGGGCGAAGCUCAACAACCACGGGAAACUCGGUGCUGUUCUUCAGCACGAGGUCAUUCCUAAGUCAGUGCUCACUAUCGCCAGUGAAUUCGACACCUUAGCCUUGGACAAAACUCCAAGGUUUGGCUUGGGACUCGCUCUUAAGCUUUGAUAAUCUGAAUGCUUCUUUCAGGGUAAAAUUUUUCGCAAUUUAUCCCCAUAGGCCCGGCCCAUUCCCUAAGCUCUGUUUAUUAGAGCCUUGAAUAAGUAGCUAUGCAGAUUAAUUCAUUUGUUGGUUAUCAUACUGUGUUGUCGAUACUUGUCUAUAUGGUUCUCUCCUAGCUGCAAGGAGGGCUUGAAAUUUGCGACGAUUUCUCCUGGUAGCAAUUGUUGGGAAGGAGCUUUUAUUUUUAUUUUUAUUUUUUGAUAGAUUGAGUUAUGUUUGAAUGCAGAAACGCAAUGGAAUUGCUUUUUGAUCUGACUACCCAUAUAAACUUAGUUUGCCA